ACUUGAGGGGUCCUUUUAGCUGGAGGUGACUUUCAGUUGCAGCAAAUAGCCGAUAGAGUCGUGAAAAUUACUCAAACCAUCAUGGCACAGGCAGUCCAGAAACUGGUGGCCAAAGUACCUACUUUGAUCGGAGCCGCUGCCACCUACUCCAAGCCCCGGCUAGCGACCUUCUGGCACUACGCUAAAGUCGAGCUUGUGCCCCCUUCCCCUGCCGAGAUUCCCCAGGCCAUUGCAGGAAUCAAGAACAUCCUCACCGGUGUCAACAGUGGACGCCUUGGACAGACCACAGUGAAGGAUGCGUUCAGAAAUGGAAUGGUCUGCACUGAAGUGCUGAUGUGGUUCUACAUUGGAGAGUGCAUCGGGAAAGGAGGCAUCGUAGGAUACGCCGUUUAAAUUUUGGACUGUCCUGUCGCUUUUUGCUCUGAGUGUUGCACGCUCUUAACUUCCAACUCAACUGUGGAGAUCCAAUUAAUAAAAUUUCAAUUGUUUAAAGAA